AUGGCUAGUUCUACAAAAGCGAUGGAUCCAGCUUUUCAGGGAGCAGGUCAAAGAGUAGGGACUGAGAUUUGGCGAAUUGAAGAUUUCCAGCCAGUUCCUUUGCCGAAAUCUGAACAUGGAAAAUUCUAUAUGGGGGAUUCUUAUAUUGUUUUGCAGACAACACAAAACAAAGGGGGCGCUUAUCUGUUUGACAUCCACUUCUGGAUUGGGAAGGACACAAGUCAGGAUGAAGCUGGGACAGCAGCUAUUAAAACGGUUGAACUAGAUACAGCUCUUGGAGGACGCGCCGUACAACAUAGGGAAAUUCAAGGCCAUGAAUCUGAUAAAUUUUUGUCCUACUUCAAACCAUGUAUUAUACCAUUGGAGGGUGGCGUUGCAUCAGGAUUUAAAAAGCCUGAGGAAGAAGAAUUUGAAACUCGACUGUAUAUCUGCAGAGGAAAACGAGUUGUCAGAAUGAAGCAGGUUCCUUUUGCGCGUUCGUCACUGAAUCAUGAUGAUGUGUUCAUCCUGGACAGCAAGGAUAAGAUCUUUCAGUUCAAUGGUGCGAAUUCCAAUAUUCAGGAAAGGGCGAAGGCUUUGGAAGUGAUUCAGUAUUUGAAAGAAAAGUAUCACAAUGGGACAUGUGAUGUUGCAAUAGUUGAUGAUGGGAAGCUAGACACAGAAUCUGACUCUGGUGAGUUCUGGGUCCUAAUGGGUGGUUUUGCUCCGAUUAGCAAGAAGAUUGCCAAUGAAGAUGAUGUAAUUCCUGAGUCCACUCCUGCUACACUUUAUAGCAUAACUGAUGCUGAAGUGAAGAUUGUAGAAGGUGAACUAUCUAAAUCCUUGCUUGAAAACAACAAAUGUUACUUACUGGACUGUGGUUCCGAGGUAUUUGUUUGGUUUGGUCGGUUGACACAAGUGGAGGACAGAAAAGCUGCUAGCCAAGCAGCUGAGGAAUUUGUGUCUCAUCAGAAUAGACCAAAAUCAACACGAAUAACCCGGGUUAUUCAAGGUUAUGAGACACGUUCAUUCAAGUCCAACUUUGAUUCUUGGCCAUUGGGAACAGCAACGUCUGGUUCUGAGGAGGGAAGAGGAAAAGUAGCAGCUCUGUUGAAGCAACAAGGUAUUGGUGUAAAGGGCAUGACAAAGGGUACUCCCGUAAAUGAAGAGGUCCCACCUUUGCUUGAAGGAGGUGGAAAGAUGGAGGUAUGGUGCAUCAAUGGCAGUGCUAAAACACAAGUACCUAAGGAAGAUAUCGGCAAAUUUUUUAGUGGAGAUUGCUACAUAAUUCUUUAUACCUACCACUCUGGUGACAGAAAAGAUGACUACUUUCUGUGCUGUUGGUUCGGAAAAGAUAGUAUUGAGGAGGACCAGAAAACAGCUUCUCAUUUGGCGACUUCCAUGUCCAACUCACUGAAGGGAAGACCAGUUCAGGGUCACAUAUUCCAAGGUAAAGAGCCACCACAGUUUAUUGCGCUCUUUCAGCCUAUGGUUGUCCUCGAGGGUGGCCUGAGCUCUGGAUAUAAAAAAUUUGUUGAGGAGAAAGGGUUAGCUGAUGAAACGUACACAGCAGAAUGUGUUGCACUCUUUCGGUUAUCUGGAACCUCUAUUCAUAACAACAAAGCAGUGCAAGUUGAUGCGGUGGCAACGUCAUUGAACUCAAAUGAGUGUUUCCUUCUGCAAUCUGGCUCCUCAGUUUUUGCUUGGAAUGGAAAUCAAUGCUCUGUUGAGCAGCAACAGUUAGCAGCAAAACUUGCAGAAUUUCUGAAGCCAGGAGUUACUAUAAAACAUGCUAAAGAAGGAACUGAGAGCUCAACGUUCUGGCAUGCCCUAGGAGGGAAACAAAAUUACACCAGUAAUAAAGUUGCUUCUGAAAUUUCCAGAGAUCCCCACCUAUUCACAUUCUCAUUCAACAAAGGAAAGUUUCAGGUGGAAGAAAUUUACAACUUUACUCAAGAUGAUCUACUGACAGAGGAUAUCCUUAUACUUGACACACAUGCUGAAGUCUUUGUUUGGGUUGGUCAAUGUGUAGACUCGAAAGCAAAGCAAAAUGCUUUUGAAAUUGGCAAGAAAUACAUAGAGAUGGCAGCAUCUCUGGACGGGAUGUCUCCUAAUGUUCCAUUGUACAAAGUUACUGAAGGAAAUGAACCUCGCUUCUUUACAACAUACUUUUCAUGGGAUCUUGCAAAAGCUAAUGUUCAAGGAAACUCAUUUCAGAAGAAGGUGUCCAUUCUGUUUGGGGUUGGUCAUGCUGUGGAGGACAAAUCUGAUGGGAACCAAGGAGGCCCAAGGCAAAGAGCUGAAGCCUUAGCGGCUCUAUCAUCUGCAUUCAAUUCUUCCCCUGGAAAAUCACCCCCUACGGAUAAGUCCAAUGGGUCAAGCGAAGGAGGACCAAGGCAAAGAGCUGAAGCUUUAGCCGCUUUAUCUUCUGCAUUUAAUUCAUCUUCUGGAAGCAAAUCAUCUGUUCCCAAGCCUUCUUCAACAAGUCAAGGAUCCCAAAGAGCUGCAGCAGUUGCUGCACUUUCAAAUGUUCUUACAGCUGAAAAGACUAGGUUAACCCCUGAUGCCUCUCCUGUGCAGAGUCCCCCUGCAGAAACUAGUGGUAAGCAAACUGAAACGAAAAGUGAAAAGGCGUAUUCUGAUAUAGAUCAUGAAGUUCCUGAAGUUAUAGAUGCUGUUUCACCUUCUUCUGUAUCAGAACCAAAGCAAGAGCAGGAUGAGAAUGGCAGUGAAAGCUGUCAAAGUACUUUCAGUUAUGACCAACUGAGGGCUAAAUCUGACAAUCCAGUUACUGGAAUUGAUUUUAAGAGAAGAGAGGCCUAUCUCUCUGAUGAAGACUUUCAGACCAUAUUUGGGAUGACGAAAGAUGCUUUCUAUCAACUCCCGAAAUGGAAGCAAGACAUGCAAAAGAAGAAAGCUGAUUUGUUCUAGAAACCAAAUUCAUUAGCACGAGUGCUUUGCCGGUUUUUCUUUUUUCCUUAUGCGUCAUAACUUUCACUAUCUUCAUUCUUAAUGGUAUUUUUUGUCGUGGUAAUUGUGGUUUUACUGUCAGUGAUGAUGGCUAGUUUGCUGUAUAGCGUUUUGCUCUUGAUGAGCAAUGUGCUGUGGUUAGUAUCGAUAUUAAUUGCGAUGCUGCCUAUAGAGUGUUAUAUCUUAUUUCUCAGCUGCUGCUGCUGCUUUAAUUAUCACAGAUGAUAGUCCGAAGGAGUGCAGGUGAAAUUCAUUCAUUUGAUCCAUGUGUAUUUCAUUUUGCUGUUUUUUAGUGUUUAGUGUUUAAAAAGAGGGGGUGUAUAUGAUUGCAUUAUGUAUUUUGUAGUGUGACCGACAUAAUGAAUGAGAAGUUGUUUGUUUGCAAUUGGAUAGCCGUAUACAUUAUUGCUUGUUUUCUUAUUUUAAGGGUUGUGAUACUUCUUAUAGA